AUGUCUGAGAGCUUUGUUUUAGAACAAUACACACGCUUUCCUAGAGAAAUUAUUGUUGAUAUUAACUCUUGGAAAAAUCUCAUUGAAAAUUCACCUGCUCACCAUGCAGUAUGUUGGAUUUGUAAGGAAAAGACGAAUGGUGAUAUAUCUACUUUAAAUGAAGGAGGCCAACUUAUGCCAAAACGUGUAACAAGAAGAAGCAUCAUUUGGAAAAUUAAGUACAUAUGCCAUAGACCUGGGACCAAUAAGGGUCGUGCUGAUGUACAGACAGAAAAUGAAUCAUCUAAAAAUCGGCCAAUUCAGAAAUCAAGCAAGUAG